AUGAUAGCCCAAGUCCUAGGAAUUUUCAGCAUUGUUUUUACAGUUUAUGAUCUACCAAACCCAGUCACAUUUGGAAUCAACCUUGAAGACAACAUCUUUAUGCUCUUCAUGGUAGGAAGUAUUGUUACCAAUGUCCUGUUGAUGCUUUUGAUAGUGGGAAGGAUUAUAUAUAUAAGUCAAGGAGUUCAAGACUUGACCACAUCCUCAACCCAGAAGAUGUAUCAGACUGUUAUCUCUGCAAUACUUGAAUCAGGCCUCCUCUCUCCAGUUAUACUUGUUCUAUAUGGAUCCUUCACCAUCAGGCUUUGGUUCCCUAUGACAGAUGAGGUUGCACUCCCAUUUCUUAUUAUAAGUGAGACUCUCUACUCAAUAUUGCUCCCAACAAUGGGAAUUGCUUCUACAUUAAUCAUUGUUCGAACUGCUGUUGGUAUUGCUAUAGAGGACGAAAACUCAUUCAGGGCAACUGUCUUAGGUGAAAUUAGUGAGCAGAAUGUUGGUAGUAUAGACUUUUACCCAGGCAUGUCUGGUAUAGCUCAGAACACAGGAGAAGAAAAUGAUGUGGUCCCUGUAGAUAUAUAA